UACAAAUAGCUUCAUCCCAUCCCCAUGUAAACUACACUCUAUUCUUUGCUUCAUCAUCGCAAUAAUUCCCCUGCCUUUGAAUAGCGUUUAAUCGAUCGGAGAUAUGGGAGAAGCCGAUCAGCAGCCGGCCGGCCUGAAGCUAAGUGUCAUGGGACUCGAAUCAGGGGAACCCACCACCGUCGCCGAAAUGGUCACGGAUCCCAGAACCCGCCGGAUGUGGUGGAUUCGAGUCUCCAUGUACAUCGCCUUCGUUAUCGCCGGACAAUCGGCGGCGACGCUGCUUGGAAGACUCUACUACGCAAAGGGUGGCAACAGCAAGUGGAUGGCGACCCUCGUCGAAUGCGGCGGCUUCCCGGUCCUCAUCCCUCUCUACAUCCUCACCAAGAAAAACUCGCCGCCGGCGAACAGCAACAGCAAUUCCACCUCCCCUGUUUCCCUUCCGAUCCUGACACUCGCUUACACCGUCAUGGGGAUUCUGAUUGCCGGAUUCAGCUUGCUCUACUCCGUGGGACUGAUGUACCUUCCUGUGUCAACCUACUCCUUAAUCUCCGCAUCCCAAUUAGGGUUCAAUGCCCUCUUCUCCUUCUUCAUCAAUUCCCAGAAAAUCACCGCCUACAUCCUCAAUUCCCUCGUCCUCCUCACUCUCUCGUCAAUUCUCCUCGUCUUCGAAAACCCUAGCUCCGCCGAAUCGUCCCAAUCGGGUUCCUCGCGGCGCAAUUUUGCGAUUGGGUUUCUCUCCACGGUCGGGGCAUCCGUCGGGUACGGACUCCUGCUAACCCUGACCGAGUUCUUCUUCGAGAAGGUGGUGAGGAGGCGGACGUUCAAAGUGGUGGUGGACGUUCUGGUGUACCCGCCGGCGGUUGCAAGCGCGGCGGUGGUGGCGGGGCUGUUCGGCAGCGGGGAGUGGAAGGGAAUUGGGAAGGAGAUGGAAGGGUUUGAAUUGGGGAAAGCUUCGUACGUGAUGACGUUGGUGUGGACGGCGGUUUGUUGGCAGGUGUUCUCGAUUGGGUGCGUGGGGUUGAUCUUCGAGGUGUCGUCGCUGUUUUCGAACGUUAUCGGUACGUUUGGGCUGCCGGUGGUGCCGAUUCUGGCGGUGGUUUGUUUUAGGGACGAGAUGGGUGGUUUGAAGGUGAUUGCUAUGGUUUUGGCGGUUUGGGGGUUUGUUUCGUAUCUCUAUCAACAUUACCUUGACGACCGUGAUGAUUCGAGGUCCAAGUUUGAGAGUGACGGUGGCCGGAGCUCCGGCGGGGGAUAUGAUCAGGAGACUCUGGGAGAUGGCUUGUUAGUGUAGAAAAAUGUGUAGUGUGGAAGUAGCUAGGGUAUUGUCGUAUUGAACUAUAUUGGUCGAGUUCUUCGGGUUGGAGGCAGCAUAUGAUUCUAUGUUUCCUGCUCCACGGUUUCGUUAUUUGAUGUGAAUAAGGUGAUGAGAAAGUAACAUAUGUAGUAUUUUUCAUUUAAUUGUUGCAAGUUUUCAUUUAAUUGUUGUAAGGUUAUUGAGGUAUUGUAAUCAUGUAGAGGCAUUGCAAUGUAAUGGUCAAAUAUAUAUUAGGGACAUCAAAAUUGUAUUUAUAAGUAAUUUUUUUACAUAAAAUUAUUAACUUUUAUUAGGGGUGGG